GCGCGGCUGCUUCUCGUUUUCUCUGUCGGUUUGAUUCCUCCAUUUUUAAGCCUCCCCCUCUCUUCUCUCUUCCCACCUUUCUCAUCUCUCUCUCUCUCUCAAAAUCCUAUCUCUCUCUCUCUAUCCCUCCACCGCUUUCGGGUCUCAUAUGUAUACUUAUCCUCAUCUUGAUCCUCACCCAACCUCAUUUUGAUUCCUUUGAUCACACCCACCUCUCUGUUUAUUUCAAAAUCAUUUCUCUUGGUCCUGUUUUGGGUCUGAUCAGUACUACUUCGAAUCACUUUGGUUUGUUGUCUUCCUUUAGCCCUUUAUUCAAAUCAUAGCAGCUAAAGCAGCUGAUCGAUCUGUUUUUCUUAGCCCUGUUUUCUUGGGAACCACAACUAGGGUUUUGCUCAGAGUUGCGCCGCUUUUAGUCUUAGUUGAACCAAAUUGAUCAAAUUAGUGUGUACCCAGUUCGAUUCACUCGUUUUUCUCAUCUGGGUCUGUCUUAGAUCUUGGAAAUAGUUCAGCAAAAUGUUGGAUCCGUGUGAAAAGCUGAGUGAUCAGGGAUCAGAGUCGGAGGACAUGAACAUGAUCAAAAACCCAAAUGAAGGCUCAUCGGAAGAAGGCCAGAAGAGGACUUGCUUCGAUUGCGGCACCUCCAAAACCCCUUUGUGGAGAGGCGGUCCGGCCGGCCCUAAGUCGCUUUGCAAUGCCUGCGGGAUCAGAAGCCGGAAGAAGAGGAGGGCUAUUUUGGGUAUAAACAAAACCGGGCCAAGUGGUGGUGGAAACAGCAGCGCAGAUGAAAAUCGAAAGGGGAAGAAGAGCAGUAACAACAAGCAGCUCGGCGACGGCUUGAAACAGAGGCUAUUGGCACUUGGGAGAGAGGUGUUGAUGCAGAGAUCAACGGUGGAGAGGCAACGGAGGAAGUUGGGCGAAGAAGAACAAGCGGCUGUUCUACUGAUGGCUCUGUCUUAUGGCUCUGUAUCUGCUUAAGCUUAGCGGAUGAAGAAGAAGAAGCGAAUGAUAAAUAAUGAGAUUAAAAAUAGUUUGUAGGCAAAAUUGCAAUUCUAACCUUUCUUUCUUCAGUGUAACUUCCCCCCAAUGUCUCUUUCAGUAGUGAAAUUUACUUUGUUCUUUAUUUUUGUCUACUAAGUAGUAGUACAUUAAUCAUGGGGUUUUUUGAGAGCGAUCAAGCAAGUGUAAUGCCCUAUUUUUGGCUGACAUUAAUUCUAAUGUGUACUAGUAUUUGAUGUGA